GCGACUCUCGGUCCUGGGCUCCUUGCCUUUCGGGCGACACGGCGACCUGGGGCGGCGGGCCGCGUCGGCCGGGCAUGGCGGCGUGGAGCCCGGCCGCGGCAGCGCCUCUGCUCCGCGGGAUCCGCGGGCUUCCUCUUCUCCACUGUGCCCAGCGGAUGUUUGCCUCACAGACUGAGGGGGAGCUCAAAGUGACCCAAAUUCUCAAAGCUAAAUUUCCUCGAGCUACUGUGAUCAAAGUCACCGACAUUUCAGGAGGCUGUGGGGCAAUGUAUGAAAUCCAAAUCGAGUCAGAAGAAUUUAAGGAGAAGAGAACUGUCCAGCAGCACAGGAUGGUGAAUCAGGCACUAAAAGAAGAAAUCAAAGGAAUGCACGGAUUGCGGAUAUUUACCUCCGUCCCCAAACACUGACCACGCCCUGGCUGCAUAGAUGCUGCUGCUUAAAACCUUGGAUGAACUUGACCAUUCUUUCCUAGGCGUUUGCCAAAAAAGUUAUCUAUUUUGUUCGUAGACAUUUCCAUAUUAUAAUUAUAGAAGAAUAUGUUAUCUAUUUAGAUGUUAAUUAAAGGCAACAGACAGCUGAAGCUUUUACAGAGUCGUUAAUCAUGCUUCUAGUUCCUUUGUUUCAGAAGCAAUGUCCUUUUGUCCAGAGUGGUCUCAUCUUUGGACAGUUCUGUCCUGCUGCAACAGAGGCAGAAUGGAGUGCCAGCUACUUUUGUCCUGUCAAGUGACUUUCUUGUUUCUCCUCCCUGAAACUGCUCAGGCCCCUGAAUCUUACCAAAAAGAAAAGA